AAGGAAGCCAUGGAGAUCGGUUGGACAAGAUGCUCUGUAAGCAGAAAAGCUUCUGCGCGGAACCCCAAAAUUCUUUGAGAAUGCGUCAUCUUCUUAGUAAAUUUAGGGUUUCCCUGUUCCCAUGGACUCGACGAACUCGUUCAGGUCCAUUUCCUUUUGUUAGACGCUUCAAGUACAAGGAUGUAAGGAGGGCGACUAAUCGGUUUGGCAGAACCAUUUCUACCCUUUCUCAUGGUUCUGUGUAUAAAGCCAAGUUUCAAGAUGGUCUUGUAGCUAUGGUAAAAGAAGUAAGAACUUUUCCUCAAGGAAAGGAUGCCUUCUAUAAGGAAGUGCAACUCUUGGGGCGCUUGCAUCACCGCCACCUUGUUGGACUCAGAGGUUUUUCCACAGGACGUGAGAGGUUUCUUGUGUUUGAAUACACUGAAAAUGGAACCUUGAAGGAGCAUCUUAAUGACCCCCUUAAGACCCCCUUGAAUUGGCGGACAAGGCUGGAAAUUGCCAUUGGUGUAGCAGCUGCAUUGGAAUAUUUGUAUUUCUUCUGUGACCCACCUGUAUAUCAUGUGUCCAUCAAUUCAAGUAAUAUUUUGCUGGAUGAUAAUUUUGUUGCCAAGCUUUUUGAUAUUGGCCGUCUUGGUUCUCAUGAAAGCCAGAUUGCGAAACCACAUGCUUCGUGUUCAAGAGGAUGCAUGGACCAAGAGUGGAAAAAUGUUGUUUUCCAGCUUGGUGUGCUGAUUCUUGAGCUGAUAACUGGUCAAUCAUCAGAAAAGGAAGGUACCAACUUAGUCCAGUGGAUCCAAGGAUCUAACUUUGCAAGUUCUAUGCAUAUGAUGGUGGAUCCUGAUCUAGGAAAUAAUUAUGAUUCUAGGGAGCUUAAAACUCUUUUAAAUGUAGCAAGAUUGUGUACCAAAACUGGAGAUAAGCCAAAAAUAACUGUUCCACAGAUACUUUGGUAUCUCCAAAGGAGGAUAGAACCCUCUAUUAAACUUGCUUAGCAUGAUUUAUUUACCGAAAAAUAGUUUCACUUGUUUGUUGGUGAUGGAAAUGUUCAAAUUAUUGGGGAGUGAAGGUGACAGAAAGAAACUACAUUUUAGGGCUCCCUCACUUGAAAUAUGCCCUGGAUGAAUCCGAGAUUUUUGCUCCUUACUGGCAACUGUCCUUGUGGACUUGUGGAACUUGGGGGGAUCCCUUAUGAAUUAACACUUCAAAAAGCUUCUUAUUGUUUUACUUGUUUAAUCCAAUUCUCCUAGUACAGAUUAGAUGGAUAACAUUCUGAUGCUGGAAAGGAGGAGAUUUGUUACACUUGAUGCACAUUUGACAGUUUAUCUACUCAAAAGUUCUAACUUGAUGGAUGAGGAAUCCUAUUAAUCAGUUGGCUAGAAGAGGAAACUGGAAAGAAUUAUAAUCCUGUAGUUUAUCUCCCUUAUUACAAGAUUUUGGAGGAAAAUCCUUCAUUUUGAGUCAGAAAUCAUGUUAAGAAUUCUUGUACUUGGGUACCACAUCACAAGAUUGCCAGUUCUCCAGAAAGAACCCAGAGAGUCCAGGGUUUCGUGAAAAAUAACUAUUUUGGCUCUAUCGCAUUCCAACUGAGAGAUGAGAAAUUGAUCCUGCAUGUGUUUCUCAAGUAAGCAUAUUUGUAGCUUAAGCUCCACUUCUGUAAAAAUUCAAAGUUCCAUUCAGCAGCCAUCAACAAAGGAUUUGGGAAAGAGACAGUUGAGCAUGAUUCAUGGUGCAAUUCUCCUCCAUCACCCCCCUCCUGCUCUCCUCCUCAAUUCACAAAUGAGGAGUGAUCUGGUGCAAGUUGAAGGUUCUUAAAAGACAAGGGAAUACCAAAGAUGAAGUAACAAGAAAUGAUACAAAGAUUUGUGACUUAACAUAGGAUCUGACCCCGUACAAAGUGGAAUGUAGAGCAAGAUUCAUGUAACCAACACCAUGGUCGGCAUGCAACUUAUUCUGUAAUCUAUUUUUUUUUUCCUUUUACUGUCUCUGCACACUUGAACUUAAAUCUUAUGGUUUAAUCGCGAGGCUUGUACUUCACUUUAUUUGUCCUCAUAUGAUUAAGAAAGAACUUUUCUCAGUUUCAAGAAUAA